ACCAAAGUAUGGCUACCUAGAAAUUGAGAUAUUAGUUGUGCAAAUUAUAGGAAAGUUCACACAAGGUGGUAAGGUUGAUGAGAUAGAGAAACAUCUCACACAUAGACUUGUAAUAGAUGAAGGUGAACUCGAUUUCUUGAUCAAAGAUUGUACUGAUGCUGGAACUUUUGCCGGAAGAGAAAAAUGUCCACUUGGAUUCAUACUUACAUAUUAUGAGGGACAUCAACCUCAAUAUACUAUCUGGACUUCCUACACAUCUUACCAGACUCCUAUGCUCUUUCACAUCAACCAGAAGAACAAGAAAUCUGAGAAAUCCAACCUGGUCAAUGGUGUGAUAAGGAAUAGGCAUUGGGAAUCAAUCAAAAAUAUUCCUGAAAGUACAGCACCCUCAAUUCAUGAUCCUAUUACAAGAUGUCAGAAAUCAUAUCUUAAUGGAGAAGGUGGUUCAGGAAAAACAACGCGUGCAAUUCGAAUUUUCAAAAAUAUAAACAUGGUUGUAUUUACUCAUACAAAUGCAUUAGCUAAAGAUUUUCGAGAAAAACGUGAUGUAAAAGCUCAAACCUGGCAUAGUUUCUUCAGAUGGAAUGGAGUGGGAGAGUGGACAUCUGAAUGCAUGGGAGAGAAAAAAUUUCCACGAGUUGUUAUUUGGGAUGAGGUAAUUUGUUGUGGUGAUGAUGCACAACCUCCGCCAUUCUUCGGAGAAAUGCCACAUAAUUGUUUAAAAGAGUGCACCAAUUAUUAUGAAAAAGUCUUAACUGAUUAUCGCGCAAAAUGCCCCAAAUUACGUGAACUCAAAAAAGGCAUGUGUCGCAAAAAUAAUCGAAUACAAUCAAAGUUAUUUCGAGAAAUUCUCCUGACUAUAGAAAAAUGGGAAUGUCUCAAAAAGGAAUGGACUCCCUCAGAUCACAUAUUAUCAGCACAUCACCUAUCUCGAAGAAUUGCAUCGCAAAAAUGCCUUGAACUCCAUUAUCAAGAGAUGGAUAUAAACAAAAACUGCCUCGUUUCAAUUCCUGGUUCAUCUGAGAAACAAGAACUAGUAAAAAAUAAUAUAGUACAUUUACCAUUGAAUACGCUUCCUGAAAAGUUUAUAAAAGAUAUAUUAACUGAAGAAAAAAUACUUGAUUGGGAUUUGGGAUAUGCAAUGACUGUGCAUACUAGUCAAGGGAUGACGCUUGAAGCUCCACAACGAGUUUGGGUUAUCGAUGAACAUUUGGCAUGGGAUAAUCUAAUAUAUCUCGCAGUUGGUCAUGUAGAAUAUUUGAGCUAG